GUUCCCUCUAGGUUCAAAGGUUCUCUUUCACAAUUAAUCCCAGGUCCAAGAAAUUCAGCUCUUUGCUGCUUCCCCUUUCUUGCUAUGGAUUCUUUUGUGAAAUUUACUUCUCUCAGCCAAGGCAGGGAGAGAAUCUUCAGAACCAUUCAGUAUGCAUGCAUGUUACUUAAUUAUCUAAUUCACAAGAAUGAUAGCAACAAGGAGCUGGUUUCAAAGCUCAAACAGUUGGAAUCUAACAUGAGUUCAGGACGCAAGUUAUUCCGACUGGGCAACACAGUGGAUGCAGUUCAGGCAGCCAGAAGAAACAUACACCUUUCAGACCCAAUUCUUCGAUUUUGCCUUACCAUCAUUUCUCUCAGUCGGGCUGUGUACUUCAUUUGCGAUAAUGUUCUCUGGAUGGGAGCAGUGGGACUUGGUGGUAUUGACAAGGAGAAAUGGAAUAAGCGGUGCAACCACUACUAUUUCUUCUCAUUGGUUAUCAGUCUGAGCAGAGAUGUCUAUGAGAUUACCCUGCUUCUGAGAGAAGAAGCACUGGCCCAAAAGGGCCACCAGGGCAAAUCCAUAAACCCCCUGAACGCCAAUCAUGUGCAAAGAGACUUUGGCUGGGCAUUAACGAUCAGUUCUGAAGAUUUCUUCAUGCUGCUUUAUCAAAGCCUUAAAAACAACCCCCCUGUAUUACUCGACCUCAUUAAAAACCUCUGUGAUCUAUCCCUACCCUUAGACAAGCUCGGCAUUUUCAGAAUCAAUCCUGGAGUGGUGAGUCUUUGUGGUCUUAUUUCAUCAGUUGUGUCAAUUUUAACUUUGACACACCCAGCACUGAAAUUGAGACCAUAAACAAACCACCUGCACCGUGAACAAAAGUCUUAUUCUUUAAUCAAUUUAUCAGAGAAUUUUUGAAAAAUUAAAUCAAUUACUUUCAAAAUGCAGGCUGUGGAUUCUGAAAGUAAGCAAUCUAAUGUGGUGUGUUUUAAUGUUUUGCCCUCAACAUGACAACUUCAGUUGUUUUCUUGGCUGUGUUUUAGAGUGCCAAAGGUUAAGGCAUUGACUUCCAACAUGUGCUGUUGGUUUUGAACAUUGAACCUUCUUUAUGAAAUCUGCCAUCUACAAACAGGACACUUCUGCACUGAUUCUGGCAUGCCACUCAAUAUUUGAGCAAGCUAAAAUGACCCUAUCUAUAACUUGUGUCCUGACUAGCACAAUGAGAUUAUAAAAACUAAAUAUACCUGCCUCUCUUAACUUAAGCUCUAUAACACUAACGAGUCUGUAUAUGAUGAACAUGAUUCCCCUAUGUCUUUUAAACAUCUGUCACAAGAAUAAAUAGUGUAAGAUUAUUUCCUCUGGCUGGGUAACCACAGAUUGUAGAUUAAGGAUUGCCACAUGAAGAAAAAAAAGGAAGACAUUUUAAAUUCUGUAUAAUACAUUCAAGCAGUUGUUGACAGUGAUAUUGUCUCAAAUGGGUUCGAAUUAAAUAUUUGCAAUGGGAAAGGAUGUGAACUCCAAUUCAUUCCUAGCACUGGCAUAGAUAUAACAAUACAAGUGGACUUUUUUUGUACUAUUUCAAUGAUACAGGCAAUCAGAGAAAACAGAAACACAUAUUGCUGGAAAACCUCAACAGGUCUGGCAGCAUCAAUGGGGAGAAAUCAGAGUUGACACUGAGUUCAGAACUUUUGCAGAAAGGUCGCUGGACCCAAAACUUUAACUUUGAUUCCUCUCCACAGAUGCUGCCAGACUUAGUUUC